CGGCGUUCCCCAGCCAAUAGGCAGCGGCGGGGCGGGGCGAGGCGGCGAUGGCGGCGGCGGUGGCGGUGGCGACGGCGACGCGGGGCUGGCGGUGGCUGCUGAGUUCUUCUCUGCCAGCUGGCGUCCCCAAGCUGAGCUAUCGCUUUGCAUCAUCUCACAAGUACAUUCCCAGGAGAGCUGUGCUGUAUGUACCUGCGGAUGAUGAAAAGAAGAUACAAAAAAUCCCAUCACUAAAUGUCGAUUGUGCGGUGUUGGACUGUGAAGAUGGCGUGGCUCUGAACAGAAAGAGAGAAGCAAGGCUGACAGUUGUGAAAACGCUUGAAGAGUUUGACAUUGGCCGUGCUGAGAAGUGUGUGAGGAUAAACUCCGUGUCCAGUGGCCUUGCGGAGGAAGAUCUAGAGGUGCUUUUGCAGUCCAAGACUCUUCCUUCAAGUCUGAUGCUGCCGAAGGUUGAAAGUGUGGAAGAAGUUAAAUGGUUUGCAGACAAAUUCGCACAUCACUCGAAAGGCCGAACACUUGCAGAACCAAUGCAUUUUAUCCCAUUUGUGGAAACCGCGGUGGGGUUGCUCAAUUUUAAGGCUGUCUGUGAAGAAGCAUUGAGAACAGGAUCCCAGGUUGGCUUUCAUUUGGAUGCAGUCGUCUUUGGAGGAGAGGAUUUCCGUGCCAGCAUAGGUGCAACAAGCAAUAAGGAAACUCACGAUAUCUUGUAUGCCAGGCAGAAAAUAAUAGUCACAGCAAAGGCAUUUGGCCUCCAAGCAAUAGACCUGGUUUACAUUGAUUUCCGAGAUGAAGAUGGGCUCCGUAGGCAAUCAAAGGAAGGUGCCUCGAUGGGCUUCACUGGUAAGCAGGUGAUUCACCCUAACCAAAUUGCUGUUGUCCAGGAACAGUUCUCUCCCAGCCCUGAAAAAAUAAAGUGGGCACAAGAACUGAUUUCUGCUUUUGAAGAACAUCAGCGUUUAGGAAAGAGCCUUCUGAGUACACGCAUAUAUCUCUGCAGAAUCGGUGAAUUAAAGCUGCUUCUGAGUCGCACCACCAAAAGAAAAUAUUUGCCAGCAAAAGGCAGGUAGAUGGGCAGAAGACUCCAACAGCUUGUGCAGGCAUAAUUGAUGGAAAGGGGUAAACAGCUCAGGAAGAUUCAGUUUUCAGAAAAUCUCUGUGCUGCUAAAACUGCCUCGCUUUUGGGGGGGGUUGAUCCUGCAAACAUCCCUAGCAGUGAGUAGAUUUACUUCUGAGCAGAGCUGCUUGCGGAUUGUGGUUCUUAAUCAUUAAAAAUGGGAAUGUUUUAUGUGCAUUUACACCGAUUGCUGGACCUGAAAUUUGGAUAGAGUGGAAAGCAAAUUAACACUAGAAUAUGAUUGUUCCUAAUUUAGUGCAUCAUUGAGUCUCACGUUUCCUGCUCUGUGGGUUUCUGCUAUGUAAAUAUUGCGGUGGUGAUGCGCAAUCUGUCUCCACUUUGUGCCAGUAAUACUUAAAUUAGGGGUCGCCUGAAGGAAGAUUUUAUGCUAGUUGCAGCAUUGUCAGUUAAUUAUCUUAAAGGUUAUUUGCUAUAAUCCAGUUUGCCUCUUUUUGAAUGAAGAAAGUUGUGGUGAAAUAUGUUUGUCUUAGUGACAGCCAAGCCCGGGACAGCCAAAAUCCCGAUGUCAGAGCGGGUAGUGGGGGCGUGCAGAAAUGGUUUACACUUGCAUGUGUGCAAUUCGAGUGGGAAAAAAUAUCUUUGUUAAUGAAGCUCACAUGUAGGGCGGUGCAUAGAUUCUCGCUUUCUCUGGUGCAGCUUAGAGAUUUUCUGUGUGUUUUGUCGCUUGCUGGUGGGUAGGAAUAAGCUGCAGCGUGCCCCUUCCCUGUUCCCUUGUAUCUCGGCUGCCCCAGGUGUUGUGUGUUACAGAUUCUAAAAAAGGUCAAAGCAGAAACGAUGCUUUCAUCUCAGGAUGAAAGUGUGACAAGGUAUUUGUUAUUGGUCUGCCCUUCUCUUUGCGAAGCUGCCGCAUCCCGUCUGCGGUGCCGAGGUGUUUCUAAUGCGUCCUUUACUAUCAUAUUUGGGUGCCAUCCUGAGCAGUUAUUUCAGGGUCACUGUUACUGUAUUACAUGCCUGGAUCUCUUUGUUCUACUUCCCCUAUUUUGGAGGGUGACUGUCUUCCUGUUAGUGGUUUAGAAAUAGAAAAUCUGUGACCAGCAUUGCACGUUAUCUUGAUUUUAAAAACUUGGGUCUGUUGGCAAAGGCAUCAUUAUAAAUGAGCUGCUAGAGCAAGAGUGUGGGCAGGUAGAUGCAGAAUGAAAAAGUCAAAUGACAUGUUCAGCCCGAUAUUGUUUAUUUUUCACUGCUUGUAAAAUGCUUUUAAUUCACCGAAUUUAGAAACUCAUCUAUGGAAUACCCCUGUCGUUUGUACAGCCAGUGAGGAGACUGGGAGAGAUGUAACUACAGUCCCAGUCUCACACAACAAUGAAGCUACAGAUGUUAAAAUGCAAGCACUCUGCAUUAGCAAGCAUUAUUCUUUGGAUUUGUUUCGUAGCUGCAAUUUUAUUGGCACGACAUUGGUUUCCUGAUCACAUCAGCCAUUUUUUGGUGUGUUUUAAUAAAUGCUUUUCAUUUAGGUUGUAAGCUUCUGUAAGCAGACACAAGUACAGAUUUGGGGGGGGUUGCAUCUUGGUGUAUUAUUUUAACCAUGCUUCAUAUAUGUAUGCUUUGUAUCUCUCUGUAAAAAGAACUGGCAGGUUAAUCUGAGAACUUCUGAUCCUCACACCACUUCAGUGUUGCUGGGCUUCCUAACCAAACUGGAAAAACAGUUUUCUCUGUAGUGCUUCCUGCAAACUUCUUAGCUGGGUUUGCAUUUUGGUAUUGAAAACGUGUCAGCUAGAAGAGCUCAGGCAGCCUGAUUACUUCAUAUUUUUCCAAGGCAAACAUAUCUCACCGAGGGAGCCUCUGGCUCUGCGUCCUAGAGACACGCUAAAAUGUAAGUAAUAACUCUUCCCGUGCCACCUCCUGACAAAUGCUCCACACAGUGGUUUUAGUAAUCCUCAUGUCCUAAUGAAACACCUCUUCUGUUUUCCUUCUCCUUUUAUUUUAUUAAAGCGUUCGUGUCAGUAGGGCUGAAAAUAUAGCUGUGGUUAAUAUGGUUGAGACUUGUGUGCUUUUGCCAUGUUAUUAAUCAAAGUUGAAAGCCUGGAAAAAAUAAAUGUGAGGGAUUUGUGUGGUUGUUUGCGCAGCAGAUAAGUUACUGGUCUUUGGUCUCUGGGAUCGCAGUUUAUUAUUCAUUGGUUUUAAAGUUUGCUGCCCUUGGUCAACAGUAUUUUAUAUUAAAAUACAGUGAUCAGCUUUUACAAUCGGUUCCAGUUUGAGAGAGACAAUUACCAUAAUCAUCUUUCUUUGAGAAAAGGCUGAGGCAGGCUCCUUCCUCCUGGAAACUGACAAGCUUAGGCAGAGCAGCCCCCGAGUUGUAUUUGAGUAUUGAGGAUCCUAAAAAUUUGCCUAUCAGAUGAGCACUGCAGAGCUGGAGAUGCUGCGACAGCGUCCAAACAGAUGAGUGUUAAAGACUUCGCUGGCCAAAAACAGGUUUACUUUACAGAGACCGUGCUGUUUGGGGUGUUGUUUUGGUUUGGCUUCUAGGCUGGUUUCAUUGUAUUUUUUUAAAUAUAUUUUCAACUUGAAAAAUAGCAUAUGGAGGAAAUAAAUAGUAACAGUGCAUUCUGGGCAAAUAAAAGGCAAACGCUAAAAACGUACAUUUCGUGUUUUAUCAAUUUACAUAUUAAAUGUUCUCUAUUGUCUAGGAAUUUGAGAUCUAGAAAUAAAAAGUACUGGAAGAAAAUAAAAAAGUAUUAUU